CCCUCCGCCGAGGCUGGGCUCCGCGGGCGGAGGAGGAGGCUGCUUGCUAGGCUGCAACUAGCUGGGCGAGCUAGGAGGCGACGAUCACAGCUGGGCCUGGACUUCCUUCCUCCAACCGCGGGACAACACACCACCCCCGGCUGCCGGCCUUGAGUCCCGGGCAGCGGCCGCAGCCAGACGCGGCCGCCGCGAUGGGCUCCCUGCUGAGCAGCGACAGCGGUAAAUCCGCGCCCGCCUCGGCCACCCCGCGGGCCCUGGAGCGCCGGGGGGACCCCGAGCUGCCCGUCACGUCUUUCGAUUGCUCCGUGUGUUUGGAGGUGUUGCAUCGACCGGUCCGGACCCGCUGUGGCCACGUAUUCUGCCGUUCCUGUAUUGCUACCAGUCUAAAGAGCAAUAAGUGGACCUGUCCAUAUUGCCGGGCAUAUCUUCCUUCAGAAGGAGUUCCAGCAACUGAUGUAGCUAAAAGAAUGAAAUUGGAGUACCAGAACUGCACGGAGUGUGAUACCCUGGUUUGCCUCAGUGAAAUGAGGGCGCACAUAAGGACAUGUGAGAAAUACAUCGAUAAGUAUGGACCGCUACAAGAACUUUCAGAGACAGCAACGAGAUGUGUGUGUCCAUUUUGUCAGAAAGAACUGGAUGAAGACAGCUUACUGGAUCAUUGUAUUACUCAUCACAGAUCAGAAAGGAGACCUGUGUUUUGUCCUCUUUGCCGCUUAACACCUAAUGAGAGUCCAAGCAGCUUCAAUGGCAGUUUAAUAAGACAUUUGCAAGUUAGUCACACUUUGUUUUAUGAUGAUUUCAUAGAUUUUGAUAUAAUUGAGGAAGCUCUUAUCCGAAGAGUCUUAGAUCGAUCACUUCUUGAAUAUGUGAAUCACUCCAAUGCCACAUAAUUUUAUUAAUAGGGAGGGGAAAGGGAUCAUUCAAUUGUACCACUUAAAUGCUGCUUAAACAAUUGGGGGAUUGUUUAUAGAGGGAAAUUGUCAAUGUUUGAUGGAGAACAAUGUAUGUUUGUGCUUAUUGUUAUAUUGUGCUAAAGAACUGCAUUAA